GUACGCUGAAUAAGUUUUACCGCUUUUUGCGCAACGAACUGAAGUUGCCUUGGCUGGUACAAAGCCGGCUGGUGCUUUUCUCGAAGUUAAGUCGGAUUUUUUUUUUUUUUUUAAUAAAAAGUAAAAUUCAGGUAUGUCCAAACUUCGUGUGUAGAAUAUGCAGAAAGAGGAAGGAGAGGAUGAGGAUGCUGCUCCUCAGGAAUAUGUCGCCCUGUGUGAUUUCACUGCCAGCGGCUCUGAGCAGCUUAGUUUCUGCACAGGGGACGCCCUGCUGGUUCACUCCAAGCCUUCAGCAGAUUGGUGGUGGGCAGAGCUGCAGGGGGAGAUCGGAUAUGUUCCUGCCAACUACCUGCGCCAGGAUACUGCUGGAGGGGAAGACACGUCCUUAGAGGAUCCCUGGCAGGAUGACGAAUACUUCGGCAGUUAUGGGACACUGAGGCUUCACCUGGAGAUGCUGUCGGACAGGAGCCGCACAGAGACGUACCGACAGGUUAUUAUCAGGAACAGCUCUUCACUGAGGAACAAGGUGGUUAUGGACCUCGGCUGUGGGACCGGCAUCAUCAGCUUGUUCUGUGCUCAGCUGGCACAGCCCUCACUGGUGUAUGCUGUAGAGGCCAGCUCCAUGGCGGAGCACACCAGGCAGCUGGUGAAGCAGAACGGCUAUGAAGAGGUGGUCACUGUCCUGCAAGGUCGAGUGGAGGAGCUUGAGCUGCCAGAGCAGGUGGACAUCCUGGUGUCUGAAUGGAUGGGCAACUGCCUGCUGUUUGAGUUCAUGGUGGAGUCAGUUCUCUUGGCCCGGGAUCGCUGGCUAAAGGAUGGCGGUGUGAUGUGGCCUUCCUCAGCAGCUUUAACCCUGGUUCCAUGUCAAGCUGACAGCUACUACUCAGAGAAAAUGGCCUUCUGGGAGCGGCCAUACGGCUUGGACUUUACCCCGCUACAGCCUUUGGCACAGCAGGAGUUCUUCACCAAGCCAAAGUUUAGCCACGUCGUUGACCCCGAAGACUGCCUCUCUGCUCCCUGUGAUGUCUUCCACCUCAAUAUGUACACUGUUCAAGUAACAGAGCUUGAGGAAAUGAAGGGGGAGUUUCACUUUUGUGUGACGAAACCUGGAAUUUUCCAUGGAUUUACGGCCUGGUUCACUGUUCAGUUUGAAAGCUUGGAGACAGGAGGAGCAACAGUGGAGCUAAACACUGGACCAAACUCUGAUCCAACCCACUGGAAGCAGACUUUGUUUAUGCUGGACGAACCAAUCCAUGUGUACGCUGGGGACUCCAUCCAUGGUAACAUCACUCUGUGCAGAAACCCAGUGUGGAGACGUCACAUGACCGUUACCCUGCACUGGAACAUCAACAGCAGCACAAACGACUGCCAGGUUGGAACAAAAAGUUUCCCCAUGUGGAGGUGACAAUGGACCAGCUGUGAGAGUCAACAGUAAACCAGUCUGUCAGCUCUACAGUACGCCUGUGAGCUACUGCCUAACACUGAAGUAGUUACAACAAAUGCGAUGCCCAGAGGAUAAACUGGCAGGACAUUUGAGUCUGUCGAGAUGAACCCACAACAAGUCACUCUGUAGGAGCAGAAUGUAACAGAAGAAGAAACUGAGGAGUCACUAAUGGAGCAAUGGGGGUUUUAUUGAAGGAGUAGCUGGGCUGAGCUUGGUGUUUAACACAUUACUCUGUCAGAUACAACAGAAGAAGAAUGAUUUUUAUCACACUUAUCAAGUCUUUUAUAACUGUUUUGAAGGAAAACGAAUCUAUUUUUUCAAUUAUACUAUACGGAUGACAGAAUUUCAAAUAAUUUGAAAUCAUUUAUUUUUUAUACAUAAAGACAAAAAAGGAUGUUUGUUCCAUUAGCUUUUCAUUCUAAAGCUUGAAAAAAAAAAUUAGUUGUGGGCAGAUGACUGACAAGAAGGUUAACCAUUUGUCUAAUAAGGAAAACACUUUUAAGAUUUCCCAUAAUAUCAAUAUCAUUCCCAACACUCCCUUGUUGCUGUGCACUGCUGGUCAGGGGGUUUAAACUAUGGUUAUUUUGUCAUACCUGAAGGACCCGUCAGUCUUUUUAAGUUAUCACUGUUAUAAAAAAAAUAUAGACAAUAAACUAUUGGCUAGAUUUGCAAGAUGUCUAAGAUUCUACCACUACAUUUACUAAGUGUUAGGCUUUCAAGCUGGUGUACAUUUUUCAAAUGAUGACCUUUCAGCUAAUUUGAAUAAAACCAUUGAAAUU